AUGGACUCAUCUCGCUGUGCUCUACGCAACGGACAUAUUGCCUCUCGUUGUCCACAACGCACAUUAACUAUCAGCGCUAGCACGGACGAGCAUUGUGAUGUAGAGAUUGUGUAUCCUCUUGAGGGUAUCUAUGACCCAGAAAUUGACGAUUGUUUUGAUGACGAUGUACUAAAUCAGGUUUAUGUUAUGCGUUGUAUCUAUUCCACACUCGCGUCGCCUGAUUCCUGGAAACGCACUAGUAUUUUCCAUACCUACAUUCCAUGCAAUAACCAAAUAUGUAAACUGGUUAUUCAUGGUGGUAGUACCAUGAACUUCAUCUCUAAGUCUGCUGUUACUCGUCUUAAUCUUAAGCUCGAACCACAUCCCCACCCUUUUCACGUAGCUUGGGUUGAUAAAACUCAACUACCGGUCACUGAGCGGUGUCUUGUUUCCCUUAAGCUAGGGACCUGCGAUGAAGACAUUUAUUUGGACCUACUGCCUAUGAAUGUUGCACACGUAUUACUUGGCAGACCUUGGCUCUAUGAUCACAACGUGCAGAAUUGUAGUCGUGAAAACACAUACACUUUUCAACAUGAAGGCAAAAGUAUUACGUUGCAACCAGCCAAUCCUGCGAUUAAACCUACCAAGACUAAUAUUACCACCUCCUCUCCAUCGCAUACAGGCAAAGCGUCAGGUCAUCGGUUGGCUCUAUUAUCUUAUGGCGAAUUUGAGAAAGAAAGUCUGGAGACAGAAGUUGUAUUUCCUCUUGUGAUCAAAGAGAUAUAUGCGGCCCCUUCCUAUAAGAAAUCUGAACCUCUACAUCAACUCUUUAAUGAAUUCUCCGAUGUCAUGCCUGAUGACCUCCCAGACGAACUACCACCCAUGAGAGACAUUCAACAUGCCAUCGACCUUGUACCAGGAUCACAACUUCCGAAUCUUCCUCAUUACCGCAUGAACUCAUCUAAACGUGCUGAACUAAACACGCAAAUUCAAGGUAUGUUGGAUAAAGGAUUUAUUCGCCAUAGCCUGAGCCCAUGUGUUGUACCGGUGCUUCUUACUCCCAAAAAAGAUGGCUCUUGGCGAAUGUGUGUCAACAGUAGAGCUAUUAAUAAGAUCACAAUUAAAUAUCGGUUCCCUAUUCCACGACUUGAGGAUAUGUUGGAUGAUUUGGCAGGUUCUAAAUGGUUUUCCAAGAUUGACCUUCGUAGUGGUUACCAUCAAAUUCGUAUUAGGGAAGGUGAUGAAUGGAAAACCGCAUUCAAAACUCCUGAUGGAUUGUAUGAGUGGCUUGUUAUGCCAUUUGGAAUGUCUAACGCACCUAGCACAUUUAUGCGCGACCAUCUGCAACAUCUCCGAAAAAAAUUUCAUAUGUUACGCCAGGAAAAGUUGUUUGUUAAUUUGAAGAAGUGUUCUUUCCUUCAAGAAAAAGUUUUAUUUCUGGGAUUCAUUGUUUCCGCAGCUAGCAUAAGUGCUGAUCUUGACAAAGUUCAUGUCAUUGUAAAUUGGCCGCUUCCUUCAACUUUAACCAAGACUCGAAGCUUUCAUGGGUUAGCAUCUUUUUACCGACGUUUUAUUCCUAGUUUCAGUAUUAUAAUGGCUCGUAUCACAAACUGUAUGAAGCAAGAUGAGUUUCGAUGGACUCAUGCGGCCACCCGAGCAUUUGAGGCGUUAAAACAAAAAAUGACAGAAGCACUUGUCCUACACCAUCUAGAGUUUACCAAGGUUUUUCAAGUAGCAUGUGACGCAUCUGGUGUUGGCAUUGGGGGCGUCUUAAGUCAGGAAGGACAUCCUGUUGCUUAUUUAAGUGAGAAGCUUAAUGAGGCAAAGCAAAAGUAUUCGACAUACGACAAGGAAUUCUAUGACAUAGUCUAUGCGCUACGUUAUUGGCAAUAUUAUCUGUUACCAAACGAGUUUGUCUUAUAUUCUGAUCAUCAAGCGUUAAGGUAUAUCCAUUCUCAACGUAACGUCAGUAGCCACCAUAUUAAGUGGACUGAGUAUCUUCAUAUUUUCACCUUUGUGAUUCGACAUCACCUAGGAGCUGAUAAUAAGGUUGCUGAUGCACUCAGCCGAGUAGGCGUUACCCUUCAAUCAUUGACUGCACAAGUUGUGGGUUUUGAUAAAAUCAAAACUGAAUAUUCUUCUUGUCCAAAUUUUGGUCGCAUUUUGCAGGAAGUUACGGCUGGAAAUCGUCGUGAUCAUGUUGAUUUUCUGCUGUGGGAUGGCCUCGCUAGACAUUUUGGUAAAGAUAAGACCAUUACUCUAGUUGCUGGUCAAUUUUAUUGGCCUUCAUUGAAGCGAGAUGUCGCUCACAUCCUGGCCCAAUGUCGCACCUGUCAGCUUGCCAAGGCUCGAAAGCAAAAUACUGGAUUAUACACUCCUUUGCCAAUCCCGCAUACCCCGUGGAAAGAUUUAAGCAUGGACUUUGUUCUUGGCCUUCCUAAAACGGCACGCGGCCAUGAUUCUAUCCUGGUUGUUGUUGACAGAUUCUCUAAAGUGGCUAACUUUCUGCCUUGUUCUAAAGCUGCUGAUGCUUCUUAUGUGGCCAAGUUAUUUUUAAAAGAGGUCGUUCGUCAUGGGCUUCCUGUUUCUAUUGUUUCAGACCGUGAUGUCAAGUUCGGUAAUUGGGACCUCAUUCUUCCUGUAGCAGAAUUUGCUUAUAAUAAUUCUGCCAACCGAACUACAGGUAAAAGUCCUUUCAAAAUUGUUUACGGUGUGCUGCCACGUCCACCCAUUGAUCUUGUUCCCCUUCCUAUUGAUGUCCGUCGUUCGGAAUCUGCAACUACCUUUGCUGACCACAUUCGUUGCCUACAUGAGGAGGUUCGUAAGAAAAUUUCUCUAAGUACGGACACAUACCAACUUGCUGCCAAUACUCAUCGUCGUGCUCAAGACUUCCAAGAAGGUGAUUAUGUUAUGAAACUUCAUGCUCGAUCGAUGGGUCCUUAUCGUAUCCUUCGCAAGUUGGGUGUUAAUGCUUACUUGGUCGAACUUCCUUCUGAUGUUCAUAUCAGUCCCAUUUUCAACAUAUCUGAUUUGUUUCCAUACUGGGGUACUUUUACUCCUCCUGUUGCGACUGAAAUAACCCAUGCUAUUGUUCCUUCUGCUGCUCCUUGUGUGCAUGCUUCCCAUGCUGCUCCUACCGAUCAGAUCUCACAAGUCUUAGAUCAUGAAGUGGUGGCUUCAGCCCUUGGGGGUUUUUCUCGUUUUUUGGUUCGUUGGGUGGGACGUCCAGAUACAGAUGCUACUUGGAUUACUGAAGACGAGUUUCGUCAGCUUGAUCCUUCUCUUCUCCGUCAAGUUCAAGAUGAUUUGGUAGCAGCUGAAGUUACUGAUACUCGUCCUCCUAUUAUUCAUACCUACAGUCGGUGCCGUCGUCGUUAA